CAAGCAAAGUAACCCAAACAAUUUUAUUUGUCCUUCUUUAAUUAUUUCCCCACCUUCCUUACCUUUUCCCCACGCACAUGAUGGCAUGCUAUGCUUACUAUUUUACUCCCAGCCAAACCACUCCAAAAUCAAAUUGAAAUUGAAAUAGGAAUUGAAAAUUGAACAUUACGCGUCCCCAACCCCAAAGCACUCACUUAUUUUAAAACCCCCAAUAACUCCAAAAAAGACAACACCAACAACACACACAACCUUUCAUUUCACCAUCAUACCAAACACAAUCUCAACCCUUUGCUGCUGCUUCUACUCCUAACAUGGUUCCAGAAAGACAGCACGGUGGCGGCGGAGGAGCACCGCACGGCAUUCUUCUAGCCGUCGUUGUAGCUAUAGUGGUAAUCGUCCCUUUCCUUCUCGGAGAUCAAGGUGAAGCCGUCACCGAAGCUAUAUCGGAGCUGUUAAGUCCACUCGGUCUUCUUCUCUUACCAAUCAUCCUUCUCCUCACUAUUCAGUUCCUCUCCUCCGAACGCGGCUCGUUCAUCUCAGCAAUUUUCUCCACCGGAGAACCUGAUACCAUCCACCGUGUCAGUGGAUCUCCCUUCGGCGUCGCGCUCUUCCUCGUCAUCAUUCUUGUCCUUUUGUAUAACCGUUUUUCUAUCUUCGGCGGUGGCGACUCAGAUGACUGAAACUGAAACUCUACUUGUUUUUCUAGAUCUGACUCUCAGCUUUUUAUUUUUUUAUAUUUUGCUAAAGCGCGCCGUUGUGUAUAUGUUAGUAUUAUUAAUUAGUAUGAGUCUAUUUUGUAAGGAAAAAGAAGUUGAGUAUGGGAAAGGAAUUUGAAUUUGAUCA